CCCUGCUCCUUUCCGCCUCAGCCGUCCCCUCUGCGCGCCCCGCACCCGCACCAGACCCGGCUCCCGGCCGGCACGGCCCCGGAUUGUUUAGUCCUUGGGAAGCUGGUCUGGGUCCAGAUUUUGCUUUGAUCCUUCUUUAUUUUUUUAUUUUUUUUAAGAGAGAGAAAAAAAAAGCCAAAGAAAAACAAAACCUGGAGACACAGAAAAGGGCUCUAGGAAAAAGUUUUGGAUGGGACUAUGUGGAAACUACCCUGCAAUUCUCUGCUGCCAGAGCAGGCUCAGUGCUGCCUUCUCCCCAGCGGCGCAGCCCGCGCCGGGCGCUGCUGAGAGACGCUCGGGCCUCGGUGCCGCGCCACCAGUGCCUGCAGUGCCGGAGCCCCUCGCCCCGCCGGCCCAAUGCUCCUCCUCGGGCUGCUCCUGCUGACAUCUGCCCUGGCAGGCCGGAGGCAGGGGGCCGCCGCGGAGUCCGACCUCAGCAGCAAGUUCGCCUUCUCCGGCACCAAGGAGCAGAACGGGGUGCAGGAUCCUCAGCAUGAGAAGAUAAUUACUGUGACUACUAAUGGAAGUAUUCACAGCCCCAAGUUUCCUCACACAUACCCUCGUAAUACUGUGCUAGUAUGGAGAUUAGUAGCAGUAGAUGAAAAUGUAUGGAUACAGCUUACUUUUGAUGAACGAUUUGGGCUUGAGGACCCAGAAGAUGACAUUUGCAAGUAUGACUUCGUAGAAGUUGAAGAGCCUAGUGAUGGCAGUGUUUUAGGGCGCUGGUGUGGUUCCAGUAGUGUGCCAAGCAGACAAAUCUCCAAAGGAAACCAGAUCAGAAUAAGAUUUGUGUCUGAUGAAUAUUUUCCUUCUGAACCUGGAUUCUGCAUCCAUUAUACACUUCUUAUGCCACACCACACGGAAGCACCUAGCCCAUCAUUGCUUCCCCCAUCAUCUUUACCAUUAGAUGUAUUAAACAAUGCCGUUGCUGGAUUUAGUACAGUGGAAGAGCUUAUCCGGUACCUUGAACCAGAUCGUUGGCAACUGGAUUUGGAAGAUCUGUACAGGCCAACAUGGCAACUUCUUGGAAAGGCAUAUAUUCAUGGGAGGAAAUCAAGAGUGGUUGAUCUCAACCUCCUAAAGGAGGAGGUGCGGCUGUAUAGUUGCACUCCUCGCAACUUCUCAGUGUCUCUGAGGGAGGAGCUGAAGCGAACAGACACCAUCUUCUGGCCAUUGUGUCUUCUGGUUAAACGUUGUGGUGGAAACUGUGCCUGUUGUCAUCAGAGCUGCAAUGAAUGCCAAUGUGUACCAACCAAAGUCACCAAAAAGUACCAUGAGGUUCUUCAGUUGAAACCAAGGAUUGGUGUUCGAGGAUUGCAUAAAUCAUUGACAGAUGUACCCUUGGAACACCACGAGGAGUGUGACUGUGUGUGCAAAGGGAAUACUGAAGGAUAAACAUAUUUUAAUUGUGCUGUUUUCUUUCAAAGCACAUUCAAUCAAUGGCUGAUUCUAUUAUGGGGCUUGUGCAUUAUCUCCUUCUGUAAUCUCAGUUGUUUGCUUCGGGGAUCUUCCAUCUUCAAGAUUUACAGUGAGCUCUAAAAAGAGAAGAAGCCAAACUGGGAUUAUAUGUUGUGUGACAGCUCUGUUUGGAGGCCCACUAAAAGGAUGGGAGAAAGGCAUCAGUGAGGGAUUUAAAAUAAAUGUAUUGGUUUUCUUUCCCCACAAUUUUCUUAACAACGCAUGGAUUUAAAUUUAGGAGUAAAAACAAAGUUAGAAGGCUCACAUAAUGGAGACUUGAUCCUGCUGGCGGUCUCAUUUCUGCAGCUCCAGUGCAUCUGGCCUCUGUUUGAAAACACCUGAAAUCUAUCUUUCUGUGUUCAACUACUCCUAUGUACUCUAAAUCAAAGCAUUCUCUGUUGUAUAAACUUGGGUUAAAACAGACUGCCUUGUUCUGAAUUAAAUAUAAUUUGCCUAA